AACUUUAAUCUAUCACUUAUUUCUUUUUAUUGGGUUUAAAUAAACAGGCUCAGUAGAAUUCGGGUAUCUUACCCGUUGCUCCGAUUGGUUUAGAAAAACAUCCAACAGAUAGAAACCCUUAAAUGAAACCACCAUUCUUAGCUUUUUUUUUUUUUUUUUUUUUCAUUUAAUAAACCACAAAUUUCGAACAAUAGAUAAGCGCUUCUUUGAUCCACCCUCAUUCCUCAGUAAGCACCCAGAUUCUGCCUGUAUGUGUGGUCAAACAUUUUCCCAAUGCUUUACCAUGUCAAGGGAUAGAAAGUUAGAUGGUUUGCCUCUUGGCUUGUUUUUGCUUCUUUGAAUAAGUGAAAUGGAAAGGAGAAGAGGAAUAGAUGACUAUGAACCAGGACCAGUUCCUCCACAAAGACCGUUGGACAGAUUUGGGUUUAUAAAGCAGGAAGUUGGUGGCAGCACUCCGGAAGGUUUACCGAAGAGUAGGUUAGUCGCUGAUUACGAAAGGGAAGCUAGAAGAGUUAGAAAAUGGAGGAAAAUGAUUGGGGUUGGUGGGAGUGAUUGGAAACAUUAUGCAAGGAGAAAGCCUCAUGUUGUCAAACGACGUAUAAGAAAAGGAAUUCCUGAUUGUUUAAGGGGUCUUGUUUGGCAGUUGAUAUCUGGAAGUCGAGACCUUUUGCUGAUGAACCCAGGGGUUUAUGAGCAACUUGUAAUUUAUGAGACAUCUGCUUCUGAACUAGAUAUAAUCCGGGAUAUAUCUCGCACCUUUCCCUCACAUGUUUUCUUUCAGCAGAGACAUGGCCCUGGUCAAAGGUCCCUUUACAAUGUUUUGAAGGCAUACUCUGUCUUCGAUAGAGAUGUCGGCUAUGUUCAGGGAAUGGGUUUUUUAGCAGGUCUUUUGCUUCUUUAUAUGAGUGAAGAGGAUGCAUUUUGGUUAUUGGUUGCAUUACUAAAAGGAGCUGUUCAUGCUCCUAUGGAAGGAUUAUAUCAGGUGGGGCUGCCUCUUGUACAACAAUACCUGUUUCAAUUUGACCACUUGGUCAGAGAGCAGUUGCCAAAGUUGGGUGAGCAUUUUAGCCAGGAGAUGAUAAAUCCAAGCAUGUAUGCUAGCCAGUGGUUCAUAACUGUAUUCUCAUACUCAUUUCCGUUCCCUUUGGCUCUUCGAAUAUGGGAUGUGUUUCUCUAUGAGGGUGUCAAGAUUGUCUUUAAAGUUGGGUUGGCCCUUCUAAAGUACUGCCAUGAGGACUUGAUAAAAUUAUCCUUUGAGAAACUCAUUCAUGCUUUGCGUAACUUCCCGGAGGAUGCAAUGGAUCCAGAUACGUUGCUGCCUAUGGCAUAUUCGAUCAAGGUAUCAAGGAGCUUAGAAGAUUCAAAAGAUGAGUAUGAGAAGCAAAAUAGAAAGCACAUACAAUCUACAGAAUUGAUAGGGAAAGCAUAAACAGCUGCAUUGAAUGUCUCCCAUCAAAAGGCAGGUUACGCUACUAGACUACUUGUGUAUUUCAAUUAUUUUUUUUCCUUAUAUUAUGUUUAGAAUGGAUUGCCAAAUACCGACUUGUUGUUAGGCUAAUCGUUCCUUAAUUUCUCUUUUUUUUGGGGAUGAUGGAGGUGUACGAAUUAUCAUCAUCAAUUGCUUUUUCCUUUCAUGAA